UUAAAACCUAUUGGAGAAAGGCCUUAAUAAGAAGAAGAAGAAGAAGAUGAAAAGGUCUAUAGCCUUAUAAUUGUUAUUUCUAACAGUUAUUGAGUUAUUAAUCGACGUAAAUUGUUGUAAAGAAUUUUUAAAUAAUUACAAAUGACGAAAAUAGUGCGUCAAAUUUUAACUAAUUUUAGACAGUAUUAGAUGACAACAUCAAAAGAUUCUUUUGUGAGCAGAUUAAAAGGCGAUUUAUCGAAAAAUAUAAAAUACUGACAGAUUUUGACUAUGGCCCUAGCUAUGCAAAUGACGACAUUAUUAACAUCCUUGCCAACCAGGGAUCUACUUUGGGAAAUAUCAAAUUUAGCAGUGAUGAAAGAAAUGAAGGUUGCAUUAAAAGAAACGACAAAAAGUGGGUUUCUCGUUGGUGGUGCUGUCAUGUUAUCGGGUCUUUUUGCCGGACCACCAGGAAUAUUGAUUGGUGGUGUUGCUGGCAGUUGUUUAGCAGCGUACUUAGCACAAAAUAAAUUUAAAACAGUACCCGAAAUAUUUAACGAAGACCUCACUGAUGAACAAAAGGAGAAACUUGCCGAUGAAUUGAGAAAAUGUCUUACGGCACAAAAUAUUUUUACAAUCGUCGAACUGGGGCUUCGUUUGCAAAACAAUGACUUACUUAUGGAAGCAAUAGUGCAAAUUGUUAGACAAUUUAUCACAUCAGAUUUAGCUUUAAAACUUAUGUGACUUUUAAUAUUUUACAAGUUUUUAUAAGAAAUUCCAAAAUAUAACAAAAUAUAAUUAUGUAAUUAUACAAUAUCUACUUAAAGUAUAAUAUUUUUUCUAAUUCAAAUUUAAAAAAAAGUCAUUAAGUGAAAAAUAAUAUAUGCAACAUUUUUAUUACAAAAACAUGUAAAUAACGGGAAAAUAUAGAUUAGUAAAUAUUUAUAUU